CCAGUUAUUACUGGCCCGUUGGUCCCCGACCACACACCACUGCGCCUCCAAACUCUCAAAGCAAACAAGGAGAGGUUAGAGUGCCGUGCGUCAACAGAGAUGGAUGAGACGAAACCACCUGUUAGGCGCCUUACCAAGAAGAAACCCCCAUCAACCUCGAAUCUCUUUAUCGAUGUACGGAACAACGCCGAGAGAUACCUACGAAGUCAGAAGAGCUCUGCAUCGCUCCAACGUAGUCCAUCUGCCCCAAGCUACCCCAGGUAUCACAUAUCGCCGAGCCACACGCGAACGGCGAGCGCCAACCCAACGUCAUACGCAUCUUCCAAUUCCUCGCUCGAACGACGAAUCUCAGGACCAUCUCCAAUCCUGGCGGGCUCUGAGUCGGUCGUGCCUUCGGGCCAAGGUGGGGGGAAGCGCACGUCGAACCCAACGAGUCCUCUGAAUGAGAAGACUUCUGAUGAGCUCGUCGGCUCCCCGUUCGAUGGCUCUGGGAUCUUGAACCACCUCGAUUCGACAAAAGCUACGGGCUAUCAUACUGCUUUGCGCAGGCCUCCCCCUCCCCCGCUCUCAUAUACAUCUCCUGAACCUCGCCUGGCGCCCCAACCGCCACCUCUCCGGCAAUCUGCGAGUUUCUCGGCCGGCGAUAGAACGAACGAGAAAACACCACCUCGCAUCGCAGACAACCAGGUGAUAAGUCCCAAGCGAUAUUCGGAUGAGAGCAAAGAACCGAAGCAAGGCAUGCUCAAAAAGAAGUCGGGAUUUUCUGGCUUCAUGAAUAGCAUCGGGGUGGGGUCACCUCGGGGAGUCAAAAUAUCAGCGCCUGAGAAUCCGGUUCAUGUUACCCAUGUUGGAUAUGAUAACCAAACUGGGCAAUUCACGGGCCUGCCGAAAGAAUGGCAGCGCAUGAUCAACGACAGUGGGAUUACGAAGAAGGAGCAAGAACAGCAUCCGCAAACCAUCGUAGAUAUCGUUGGUUUCUACAAGGAGAAUACAGACAAGGAAGAGGAUGAAGUGUGGAAGAAGUUCGAACAAGCCAAGGCCCCGGAGAUGCGAUUGGGGAUAUCAAGCCCAGCUCCCGUAUCACCAGCGAUGCUCAACACACCUAAUUAUGCAGGCGUAAGUCCCUUGAUGAGCCCUCCUACAAGCCCCAGAUUCCCUGCAAACCACGAAACAAGCUUCGAAAACCCAAGGUCACCACCUCCGGUUCCAAAGAACCAGGUUCCAAUUACAACCCUACAACCCAAAGACCUGAACAACCUUAUACCAAGCCGCCCGGCCCCGAGGCCUCCAGUAUUCCAAGGGCCUACUCGAGCGGCCCCUCCUGCCCCUGGGAUGGGCAAAGAUUCCGGGAUCGGAAUGCCCCGUCAGAGUGAGGAUUUACCUGCUCUUGCCUACAUACCGCCGCCGUCGCAGCCAGACACCUCUCCCAUGCUUCCAGAAGAACACCGUUCAAGGUCCAAUUCGCGCGCCAACGGUGUAUCUCCCUACGCGUCACCAGCCCAGGUGCAGUCUCCGCAAGGUUCACAUCAGCAGCAAUUUAUGCAACAUCAGGAGGUUACAAUGCAUCAGGUGCAAUCGCCUCAGCGAAAUCCAAGUAAACGACAACCACCACUGCCGACGUCUCCGACACCUCAAGCCCAGGCACCUCGUCCACCAGAUGCUAAUGGAAUUCCACAUCCAACUCAGCAAGCUAGAGCUGCCCCGGGGCCUCGGCCAAGACAUCGGCAGCGGCAGAGCACUAGCAUUGAUAUCGUGGCCAGGCUGAGGCAAAUCUGUUCAGAAGGGGAUCCUCGAGACCUCUACAACAACUUGACAAAGAUUGGGCAAGGAGCUUCUGGGGGUGUUUUUACCGGCUAUGAGAGAGUGACGAAUCGGUUAGUAGCUAUCAAACAGAUGAACCUGGAUCAGCAGCCGAAGAAGGAUCUCAUCAUCAACGAGAUCCUUGUGAUGAAGGACAGCUCCCAUCCGAACAUCGUCAAUUUUAUUGACAGCUUCUUGGUAACUGGAGAGCUUUGGGUGAUAAUGGAAUAUAUGGAGGGCGGCAGUUUGACGGACGUUGUUACGUUCAACAUCAUGUCCGAGGGACAAAUAGCAUCAGUGUGCCGAGAGACGUUGAAAGGAUUGCAACACCUACAUUCGAAGGGUGUCAUCCAUCGAGACAUAAAAUCGGAUAAUAUUUUAUUAUCGAUGGAUGGGAAUAUCAAACUUACCGAUUUCGGUUUCUGUGCCCAGAUCAAUGAGGCUCAUAACAAGCGUACAACUAUGGUUGGGACGCCUUACUGGAUGGCUCCUGAAGUUGUUACACGCAAAGAAUAUGGCCGGAAAGUCGAUAUCUGGUCAUUGGGAAUAAUGGCGAUCGAGAUGAUCGAAGGCGAGCCCCCUUACCUUACCGAGUCACCCCUUCGUGCUCUCUACCUGAUUGCAACGAAUGGCACGCCCGCGAUCAAGGACGAACAUGCACUCAGUCCUGUUUUUAAGGAUUUCCUAUAUUUUGCGUUGAAGGUUGAUCCGGAGAAGAGAGCCAGUGCUCAUGAUUUAUUACGCCACGAUUUUAUGAAACAAUGUACAGAUCUCGGCCAGCUGGCCCCCCUCGUCAAGGCCGCCCGAACUGCCAGAGCGCAAGAGAAGGCUCAGAAAGGAUCAUCAUGAUAUCCAACCUUCCUCCGGGAGAACCAUGCACAAACAAAAGUAGGGUAUGCUUGGGCGGAAAUAUGCGUGAUUACUUGCGGCGUUUUGCGGGGAACUUGGCGCAGAGAUUAUGGUGAACGA